CAAGUUCUUCACAGCUAUAAAGAUGCGUUAUUUAUGAAUGAUUCGCACACUCGGACCGCACCAUGCCCUCUCGACAUGUCUUGACGCUCUUAGCUCCAGCUUGGGGUCAUGCCCUCCCUUACAUGCACCUUACGACACGAAUGCUGGCCUCCGAUCCCGAGUUAGUUGUAACGAUCGUCCAGCACAACAUCUUGGUGCCAAAGAUGAUGAAAGAGCUGGAAUCGUGUUCGUACGAUACUCACAGGUUGAGGAUCGUGGGUGUCGGUGCAAACGAGUGGGUCGCGUCUUCAUCUCUGAGCACAAUUAUCUGAUCAGAUUCAGCAUAAAAUUCUCUCCGGCGGUCGCCGAGAAGAUGAUUGAACAGCUCACGGCGGGAUGGCUUGAGGUUCUUGCGAGAGCAGUCGCCGGAGGGUCCCCUUGGCCCAAGCCUAGAACGCUGCACAUUGACUUCUUUGGGGGAGGAUUCGUCGCCAAGGAAUCGAAGGCGUUGCUGGGACCAGAGGGAAAGAUGCUACUCUGGUGGUCCACUGGGGUCGCAGCCUGCGUGGACAAUGCCAGCGAAUACAAAUACGCCAAAACUGCGCGCGAAAUAUAUGACGAUGAGAUCAGACGUGCAGGAAGAACAAUGGAUGAAAUUGUCGGCGACGUCGUGUGCGCUGCAAAUGGAAGCGACAAACUCGAUGGCAGAAUCCUCGAGCUUGUCGGCGGAAUCAAGAUAUACGAUCAUGAGCACACCGCACAGGGCGCUGGAUCCCCACGCAACCUCGCUCCUAUUCUUACCGCCGCACAGCAAUUGGCCGAAUUGGUCGACGGCUUCUUUUGCCCGACCAGCAGCCCCCUCGAGCCAGUCGCAGUUCCCCUCUGUCGCGAGUACUACAAGAAACGCGGGAAAGAACUGUUCCUUGUCGGCCCUCAGAUGCACGAUGAGGAAUGGGAUGCCCCGUCAGCAGGCCCCGGACCCAGCGAUGAGAGAGUCAAAACUUUCUUGGACAAUUCGCGGAAGAACUUUGGACCGAAAUCCGUUUUGUAUAUCUCUUUCGGAUCGAUGUUUUUCCCAGUGGUGACACCUCAACUAGUCGAAGUGAUGAUUGAUGUGCUACUGAGUCUCGAGACUGUUAUUCCCUUCGUCUUUGUGCUUGCUGGAGCUAUGGCUUCAUUGCCACAGAAGUCUAUUGAUGCCAUCCAUACCAGUGGCAGAGGAAUCGUUUGCAUCGAGUGGGUCGAUCAAAAAGCCAUCCUGAAGAGUGGUACAAUCGGCUGGUUUUUGACUCAUGGUGGCUAUAACUCAUUGACUGAGGCGCUGGGUCAAGGCAUUCCCCUCAUCUUUUGGCCGAUCGGAGCAGAGCAAGCUCUCAAUGCGGCAAUGCUUUCGACUGGUCCCAAUCCCAUCGGAAUUGAGUUGUUCCAGAUUCGAGCCGGAGAGCAACUGGGUCCCUCUCUCCGUCCUGACGCACCCAAAAUCACUGGGACCUCCGAGGACGCGAAGGAGGAGUUCCGUCAGGCAUUCAGUGACCUCAAAGGUCCCCGAGGCGAAACCCUUACACGAAAUGCUGACCGCAUCGGAGAGUUAUGGCGCGAGGAGAGAAUCGACGGAGAACCCGUCAAAGAGAUUGCGAGGCUUGCUAGAUUCUGAGAACAAGGCUGGUAGGCAUAUAUUAGAUGAGAGGAGGAGCAUUAGACGACUGUUGGACGGUAAACAUCUGGUAUCGUUGUUCGAUGACCUACCAUACUUUUCGAGUGUUUGAGGCCGGGAAAAUCUUAUACUAUGUAUGCGCCCACUGCCGGAAUGUGCUUUUUGGCGUUUACUAUUUUC